GGACAGGGCGGCAGGCAACGUGCCCUGAUGUGUCCAGCACCCAGGCCCCCCGGCCACCGUCUGCCAGGGGUGUGAGGCCACGUGACUCCCCUGCGGACGGAGCGCAGUGGACGCAGCCCUGCCCUCCCGACUCUACCACCAGCAAGGCUUUGCUGCCGACCAGUGGCUCGAGGCCUCUUGCUGCGUCUCUGCUCUGAUUCAGUCCACAGAGGGGGUCCUCCGGUCCCUGGUUCGAAAGGCUGGGGUGAAGAAGACCCAGCCGGGGCAGCAGAGGGUCCCCGCCUGCCGUCUCAGGAUAGGAACCCACCCCCACGCCUGCAUCCCGGCUCAGGAAGAGCGCUCUUCAUCCGGACAGGUGGCCUCCGUCUGCGGCUGUGACCCCUCCAGGAGCUGAGGGGCAGCCCCCGGCCCGGCUCACAGGCGCAGCUGCGAGGGAGCUAGCCCUGCCGAGUCGGCUCCUCCGGGGAGGACCACCCCCCCCAGCCUCCACCUGCCACAGCUCGGCCAGCCCUGCCAGGAGAAAAGCCCCCCUCCCGGCCCCCCAGGGCCUCUCGGCCUCCUCUCUCUGCUCCCAGACCCUCUCCCGCAGCCAGCCUCCCAUGCCGAGGUCCGCCUUGUCUGUCAUUUCCUUUUGUCACCGGCUUGGCAAACAGGAGAGAAAACGUAGCUUCAUGGGCAAUAGCAGCAACAGUUGGUCCCACAGGCCAUUCCCCAAGUUGGAGCUGGGGCUGGGGUCCCGGCCCGCGGCACCCCGGGAGCUGCCCGCCUGCUCCAUCUGCCUGGAGAGGCUGCGCGAGCCCGUGUCGCUGGACUGCGGCCACGACUUCUGCCCGCGGUGCUUCAGCACCCACCGUGUGCCCGGCGGGCCACCCUGCUGCCCCGAGUGCAAGAAGACGUGCAAGCAGAGGAAGGGCCUCCGGGGCCUGGGGGAGAGGAUGAGGCUCCUGCCGCGGACGCCGCUGCCCGCUGCGCUGCAGGAGACCUGUGCUGUGAGGGCUGAGCCGCUGCUGCUGGUGCGCAUCAACGCCUCUGGGGGCCUCAUCCUGAGAAUGGGGGCCAUCAACCGCUGCCUGAAGCACCCCCUGGCCAGGGACACCCCGGUCUGCCUGCUGGCCGUCCUGGGGGAGCAGCACUCGGGAAAGAACUUCGUCCUCAACCACCUGCUCCGGGGCCUGCCUGGCCUGGAGUCCGGCGAGGGCGGCUGGCCGAGGGGAGGGGGCUCCCUGCAGGGCUUCAGAUGGGGGGCCACCAGCCUCUCCAGGGGCAUCUGGAUGUGGAGCCAGCCCUUCCUGCUGGGGAAGGAGGGGAAGAAGGUGGCCGUGUUCCUGGUGGACACGGGGGAUGCCAUGAGCCCCGAACUGAGCAGGGAAACACGGACCAGGCUGUGCGCGCUCACCUCCAUGCUGAGCUCCUACCAGAUCCUCGCCGCCUCCCAGGAGCUGAAGGACACGGACCUGGAGUAUCUGGAGAUGUUCGUCCGUGUGGCCGAGGUGAUGGGCCGACAUUAUGGGAUGGUGCCCAUCCAGCACCUGGACCUCUUAGUGCGCGACUCCUCCCACCCCGGCAAGGCAGGGCAGGGACACGUGGGUGACAUCAUCCAGAAAUCCUCCGGCAAGUACCCCAAAGUUCAGGAGCUGCUCCGAGGGCGGCGCGCCCGCUGUUACCUCCUUCCUGCCCCCGGGAGGCGGUGGGUGAGCAAAGGCCACGGAAGCCCCAGCGACACAGAGGACGACACGGGCCAUCUCCGCGCCUACGUGGCCGAUGUGCUGAGUGCGGCCCCCCAGCACGCCAAGAGCCGCUGCCAGGGCUACUGGAGCGAGGGGCGCCCCGUGGCCCGGGGGGACAGACGCCUGCUCACGGGGCAGCAGCUGGCUCAGGAAAUCAAGAACCUCUCGGGCUGGAUGGGCAGGACGGGGCCCGGGUGCGCCUCUCCGGACGAGAUGGCUGCUCAGCUGCACGACCUGCGGACCGUGGAAGCUGCUAAGAAGGAGUUCGAGGAGUACGUGCGGCAGCAGGACGUGGCCACCAAACGCAUAUUCUCUGCGCUCCGGGUGCUGCCAGACACCAUGCGGAACCUCCUGUCGGCCCAGAAGGACGCGCUCCUGGCCCAGCACGGGGCGGCCUUGCUGUGUGCGGGCCGGGAGCAGACCUUAGAGGCGCUGGAGGCCGAGCUGCAGGCCGAGGCCAAGGCCUUCAUGGACUCCUACACCGUGCGCUUCUGCGGCCACCUGGCCGCCGUGGGCGGCGCCGUGGGUGCGGGGCUCAUGGGCCUGGCCGGUGGCGUGGUGGGUGCGGGGAUGGCCGCAGCGGCGCUGGCCGCGGAGGCGGGGAUGGUGGCCGCUGGAGCUGCGGUGGGGGCCACGGGGGCGGCCGUGGUCGGGGGAGGCGUGGGUGCUGGGCUGGCGGCCACGGUGGGCUGCAUGGAGAAGGAGGAGGACGAGCGGGUGCAGGAGGGGGACCGGGAGCCCCUGCUCCAGGAGGAGUGACCGCCCGGGAGCUCCAGGGAGGGGAGGGGGGACGUGGCGGAGGGCCCCCCCCCGAGUGCCCCUCCUCCCUGGCUGAACGCCCCGUCCAGACAGACAGACAGGCGGCCCUGCGAACCUGUGGAGGCCUCGGGCCGGAGGCAGCGUUGGGGCUGGGACAGCGUCUGGAGGCUUUCUGUCGCAGACGACUGCUAACCUGCCACAGUUCCCAGAUGACCUGGGCCCUGGAGUCUCCCACCAGGAGCGUGGCCCCCUCCCCACCCUGGCUUUCUUCUGGGGUCAUAGGGGGCUGAGCGGGUGCCGUCCUGCAAGUGUCUCCUCUCACAGAUGGCAGCAGCCCUAGGAUGGGUGAGCUCAGGUUCAAGGCCAGGGGGCGCUGAGGAGGGGCUGGGGCCAAACCAAAGAGUCCGGCUGAGGUGGACAGGGGCCGAACCCCUAGAUCAGACUCUUUCCAAAGCAACCGCAGCGGGUCGGAGGGCCCCUCCUCCCCAGCCCCAGGGCGCCCGCACGUGCGCUGUGAACGGGUCCCUGUAUGUGGGCCUCGUGGCUGUGCCCUCUGUCCAGCCUGGUCGGCGCCCGUGUUCUUGGAGGAUGGCCGUCCCUGCAAUGGGUCACAUCCCAAAGACAAACGCCUGCCGUGGCACUCUGAGCUGCGCUGACAGCCCCGUAACAGGUCCUAUGGAAGUCCCGCAGGGCACAGCGGAGGGGACACGGUCGCGGAACACACCCCCUGAACCCUCUGUCCGCGUUGGCAGGAGACCUGGGUGCACCCCCCCAGCCAACCUGAGCAGGACAGGGAAGUCCCACGGGGAGGACUUCUAGGCUAUUAAGCAGCAAAGGGCGCAUUAAAUGAAAAAUAAAAUGUGUGUG